CUUCGGUUGGUUUUCCAACUUCAUAGUCAAUCCUAGGCGCUGUCGACGACAGCGUGUCGGUUAUUUCAUGGGAUUUUUUAAGCGAGAAAAUGAAUCGAGCAACCCGGAUUACAGAGAGAAAGAGAGCAGCACGAGCCGUGAGCUUGCUGGAUGAUGCCUGGGGCUUGCGCGGCUUAGUGAAAAUGAUGCUAGUUUUUGUUAGUGCGUGUUUGUUAGUGCGUUCGGCGCAGAGAGCAAUGUUUGCGCUGACCGGAAGAAUUAUAGCGUUAAACUUAGGGAAAGGAAGGGAAAUUCCAUCCCUCAUCUUUUUUUUUUUAACACAAAAUAUAACAAUAAAUCUACAACUGAAAUUAAAAAACACCCAACAAAACGAGAGGACAAAACUCACACAAUCACAAGGUGCACGUUGUUUGUUGUAUGGGGAUUUGAUUUCUGUCUUCUUGUCGCCGCCCCUGUGUUUGGUUUGGUUCUGUGCGGCUGGUUUUUGCUUUCAUUUUUGCGUUUCUUUCAGGUCUGUUAAGUUUAUCUGCAUGCAAGCGGGGAUACUGUUUGCGACCCAGACGGUAUGAAGGUAUAUUUUGGUUACGUUGUUUUAUAAAUACUUGAUUUAUACGCUUCUUAACAUUUCACACUAAACACAACCAAAAUGGAAACGAGAAGCAUCCGGGUCAACUCAGCUGAAGGAAGGCGUGUAACCGAUCGGUGGCUCAGAAUGGGGCAUCACACAAAACGGCGGAAAUACACAAGGCAAUGGAUACUAGAUGGGCACUGCGUACUCGAUUAAAAUCGUACACACACUUACUCAUCCCACAUGUUUGUAGCAGAAAUUCGUAAUCCUCACUAUUGUAGAUCUAUUUGCUAUCCUGUAAUUGGUAUGAACUUUACAUAGAGAUCACACAGAUCAAGCGAGUAGAAGAUAGAUAAACAGAGAAUUUAACCUUAACCUUAAACAACAAAAAAGCAAACCAACAUCGCCCGCUCGGUCGCACCGUCGUUGGGGGGCACGCGGACGAUGAACACGUUUAGUAAAGUUUGUAACAUUUUUAGAGAAAUUUAUCCAACAUUCCUAUUAAAGAAGCCCUCGCGCCCGGCCCUCCCCUCCUUUAUCCGUAUCGUAAGGGUGAAUCCUACUAAAACCACGUUUCGCAAAUCCUUAAAUUCAAAACACACCGAAGCGAGGGAUAGCGGCGGCGAGCAUUAGCGCACCAGUCUGCAACGUGCGGUGCGGUAAACACUAAAGCACAAAUUGACGAAUGCAGCAUGCAAAGUGUUGGAUAUGCCUACGGGAACAGAUGCUUUAAAGCCGCAGUAGGACCUCCGUGGCUGUGGGGCGGGUGGACUGCAGAUACAUUUCUACGAGAAACGGCUUUAAGAUGGAAAACCGCACAAAACAGGAUGACUCGCCGGUGGCAGCGACGUUGCUGUGGUGCUGUGUUUUGAUUGGCUACUUUGAUGAUGAUGGUCAUAGCCUACUCCUCUACAAAUUCUCUCCUCUGCUAGAGCAGCCAGACGCAGUAGUAGUUUGUUCGUAAACUUAGCCGAAUUCAAGAUAUCCAUACGAAUACUAAUCAUCCUAUAAAAGAACCAACGCAAGCUAUGGCAGAGCGAGAGAAAGAGAGACAAAAAGCUAUAGACAAAAAGAAUGGAAGAAAGAGAAAGAUAGAAUGGAAGAGCUGGUAAAACUCUGCUAGCAAAUGUGUGGACAAAGGGGAACACUACUAAAUACACUUUUUAGAACGAAUCUAUUUUCGAUCCUUUAAAUGAAAACACGCGAUCUCCUCAACACCAUUAUGGUCAACGGCUCAAACGAACGAAGCUUGCUUUCCCAGGGUAUUGCGGAGUGAAUGGAAAAAAAAGAUCCUGCCAAGGAAUCCCUUUUCCAUUUCGCCAAUUUUGGAACCAUGUGCAACGCUACCAGGGACGUAGCAGGCCACACGUAACAACCACAAUCACACAUACAGACACACAUGCACACUGAUUGUCAGGGAUGAAACGCGGAAUGACGAAACUCUGGGAUGGGUGGAAUGGAAAAUAAUCAAAAGAACAACCUCCCCCCAUAAUGAUACCGAUUAGCUCUACUCUUUAAUGAUAACCGACCCCAACAUACAUCUUAUCGGGUGCCGAGAUAGUGGUGGAGCAGUUUGAAUCACACAUACGUGAUUAAAACAGGGAAAGGCUAAGCAAAGUCCUCUACUACUACCUUUUCCUCUCAUCUUGCUCAUUUACCGAUGUCGGAUUAACCGAGCGGAAGUGGCAGUCGUUUUAUUUGCUUUGGAACAACGGGAUGUGGUACAUACGCUUCGAUCGAUCGUUCGACCGAUCGGUCCAUGCUGCGCAUAGUAAGCUCGAUUUAGCAAGCAGAUAUUGUGAGAACAUGGCAUAGCAGUAGCGUAUAUCAACGUGUAGCUUACGCAUCCAGCACACAUGCAUAGAGCAAAACUAUCGGAACAGCGAAGCACCAGCAUUCAACAGCCCUAUGUGGCAGAACAUUGAGGACAACAUGAACCAUUUGCGCUAGUGGCGUGUACUUUGAGCGUGUUCGUGGUGAUUAUUUGCUUCGUGAGUGUUACUUAAAGUGUCGAAGAACCGUCAAAGAAGAGCGGGAGGCCGAUGGUUACGGUCACAAAUUAUUAUCGCAAUUAAAAGAGAGAAUCGUUUAAAUGCUGAGUAUAUACAUAUAUACAUAUACAUAUAUAUAUAUAUAUA